CCCUCGCCACAACGCUUCUCUUCUCUCAGCCAAUGCCGUGCCUACUCCUCUGGAUCCUGCAUCCCAGCAUAUGGCUGUUUCCCACCUGGCGGACGUGCAUUCACACUAGGAAACAUGUGCAAUGCCAUGGAUCACUUGGUUCCACCCUAUAUUAAAGCAACAAUAGCCCAAA